UAGAAUGACCAAAGUAGACACACACUCACGUAGAGAACAAAAACCAGAGUAAGUAGGCCUCUAGUUUAAAUUUUCCCGUGUUCCAAUUUCCAAACUUCGAUUAAAGACACUAACCCCGCUAAACCUAGGGGCCAAUUCAAGUACCAAUAAGUCACAAUUUUCAACUUCAACUAUCUAUAAAUAUUCCCCCUCACAACUUAGCAAAUAACAAUUCCUCAAAAAAGAAGAAAUUAAGAGAAUCACAAAAACACAACAUCAACAUGGAAGCAAUUCAAUCAUGGGUUUCAAAGAACAAACUCGCCAGUAUUGGGACACUAUGGGCAUCUGGAAUUGGAGCAUCACUUGUAGCUUAUUCACGAGUUAAAUCUCCAAUGAAGCCAAGUCUAAGACUUAUCCAUGCUAGGAUGCAUGCACAGGCGCUAACUCUAGCAGUGUUGUCGGGUGCGGCUGCUUAUCACUAUUAUGAGAAUCGUGAUGAUGUUCAUCAAAUUACAGUGGUUGAUAGUUCUGCUCCAAAUGUCACUGAGCUAGUUGAAUGGGAGAUCCAUAGUCCUUUUUAAGAUUAUACAAGAAGAAUUUAAUUCCUAUCUAUGAUUAAUUUAUCAAUGUUAUAUCAUUAUGUUGUUUCGAUCAUUGUGUUUUUUAUGUAUGAUAUAUGAGUAUGAUCAGACUCUAGAACUCUGGGGUGAUAUAUGGUUGUUAGGUGUGCAUUAGUGCAUACGUUUGUUGUGCGGAAAGACUUUCUAAGUUCCUAACACGUACAUACAAGUUCUCUGUUAGUUUCA